AUACGUUACAGUGUUACAAUUUGGGAUAUGCGGCAAUACACUCUGUGACGACAAACUGCAAUGCAGCGAAACAUGGUUUAUCGCAAUAAACCAGAUUAUUUCUAAUGAGAAAUUACUUUUAUUUGAUAUGAAAGUUGAAUCGUUAUCCUCAAGUGACAAAUAUGAGUUAUCCCAAUAUUUACAUAAAAAAUGCACACCACACGAAAUCUGUCAUGUACGCCUGCCAAUCAAAAUCCGAUCAGGCUGUUGAUGCGUAGGUGAUUGGAGGAUCUGGAAGAAAGGGCAGGUGCAUUUGAAAGUCCAAAAGGGAUGGAUCAAUUGUGUACGUUGCGGCAGCAGGCAACUCACGGGACAGAAGAAACCCCCUCCAAAAAACACAACUCUACCUCAGUUUCCCUUUCCUGGAUGCAAAGUGCUAUAAACCAAAAUGAAGAGCCUCAAGGCAAAGUUUAAGAAGAAUGAGAGUCAGGACUGGAGUAAGAGCGAUGAGAGACUGCUGCAGGCUGUAGAGCAGAACGAGCCUGACAAAGUAGCUGCCCUGAUUGUGAAGAAGGGACUUUGUCCCACCAAACUGGACAUGGAGGGAAAGUCAGCGUUCCAUCUCUGUGCGUCUCGGGGUCGUCUGGACUGCUUGGAGGUCAUCCUGGCUCACGGGCCAGACAUUAACGUGACAGAUGGUACAGGCUUCAGUGCCCUUCACCUUGCAGCCAAGAACUGCCAGCCUGAGUGCCUGAAGAGACUAUUACAGGAGAGAUUGUCUGUAGACUCCACAGACAGCUUUGGCCGGACAGCUUUGCAUCACGCAGCUGUGAGCGGCUGCUUGUCCUGCACUGAGACUCUGUGGGACUUCAAAGCCAGUCUGGAUACCCAGGAUGGGGAUGGGGUGACCGCGCUGAUCCUAGGAGCCCAGAUGAGCAGAGUGGAGCUGUGUGCUUUCCUGUUGGACCGAGGGGCCAAUCCCAACAUACAGGACAGCCAGGGCAGGUCAGCCCUGAUGCUGGCCUGUGAGAGUGACAGUGCAGAGACUGUGGAGGCGUUGCUAAGGGGAGGGGCUAACCCACAUCUGGCCGACGCUCUCGGACACCACGCAGCCCACUACGGCGCAACCGCCGGCAACCAGCGCAUCGCACAGCUGCUGCAAAACAGAGCUCCAGCCACUGAGGGCAAUGGAGAAGAGGUAACUUACCACUCAUCAUUUCAUUUUCAUUUUCACUCACUACACAUUCAUGUAAAAACAUAGCCAGUAUUACUGAAUUGUACAUAAUAGACUUUACGACAUAGGAACAAACACCAACUUCUUAUCACAUGUUCAAUCUACAACAACAACAUUUGAACAACAACAGCUGAAGUAACAUCUCACAAGGAAAACAUGUAAAAAUCUCAUUACAAGACAUUUUAGGCUACAGUACUGCUUGCUUUGUUUUGGACCUUGCUGCUCCUCUCCUCCUGCUUUCCCCUGUUCCCCUGUUCCUUCUGUUUGUUUGUGCCUCCAGCGACAGCCCCCUCCUCCCCCUCCCCUACCAGGGGGUACAACCCCCCGCAAGAGGAAAGCCCC